AUGACCAGCUCCCUUACCCAAAACGACCACUUCGGAUUCAACGGGGAAGCCGGGGAUCUGGCGUCAAACCCAGAUACAAACUCUACAAGUUUAUCUGCCUUCGCGGAAACCGUUAGAGUUCUUAGAAGGAAGAGAAACCAAUCCUUCCGCCGUUCUCUUUUGAAACGGAGUAAGGAUUACGAUGCCUCGAAGAAGGAAUCCAUGCUUGGGCUUUACCAGAAGCUGGACUUCCAUCGCGAUGCACUCCAUACUCAAAGCAAGGAGAUUGCACUCGUUGCGAGCUAUGGCUUAAGUGACAAGCAACAGCGAGAUCUGUAUGAUGGCCUUGGCUAUACCGGCCUAUGUCGGUUUCUAGAAGAGCCGGACAACGCGAUUUUUACCUUAUCCACGGUUGCGUCCAAAGCCGAAAGUCCUAUCAAUCCCUCCGAGUCCGAAGUCGUUGAAGCGGCUCCACGAUUCUCCUCCGGGUUCGAGGUGGGGGUUGAAAAUGUCUGCGUAGCCACUCACAACCCACGCAAGAGUGCAAGCUUCGUUGAGGUGUGGAAAAUACUAGAGUUCGAGCCAGUUCCCUGA